GCCCGUCUAUCACCAACAUAGGCCAAUCAGCUAACCAGUAUUUUCGCCCCUUCCCAAAAUUACUUCAAUGGAAGGUUUCCAGAUGGAUAUGCGGAACAAAUCCAUCUGGCGGAGUCAGGUUAACAGUACCCAACUAAUAUUAGACUUUUUUACACGUGUGUAUACAAAAUGACAAAUAAAACUGUCUAAGUACCACACUAAUAUGGUGGCAUCAGUAGUGUGCAGCAGCUCUUGAUCUGUUUCUCUGCCCUCAUAUCAACUUUUGUCCCCUUGUAACCAACUUAGAAGGUAAACUGCUUGUGAUUGGCUACUUUUCAGGAAAUCCCGCCUCUACUGUUUCCUUCCUAGUUGCCAUGGAGAUAGAAAAAACAAACAUUUGUGUUUCUUCCACUGCCUAGCAACCAACCUAUUGGGAUUUUAAGACAAACGUUCAGUUUUCCCUGUUUUAAGGCAUCCAACAUGUCUUAUUUCGAUCCAACAGAAAAUGUGUACAAUAACCUAAAGGAGGAGGAGAAAGUAAAAAAACCAGUGAGGUAUAAAGCCAAGAACAGGCUAGCUGCGAUUAUUGAGCAAGAGUCCAAACAGAAAGAUGCAAUGAAGACGAUGGGACCACCUAAAGUGGAACUCCCGUCUCCAGAUAAGUUCCUCAAAAAGCAUUCAAAGCAGUUUAAACCUCCUGCGGAACCUGAACAUUUCCACAAGCCUCCAGCCCCUUUACGGACCGACAAGCCACAGAUUGGGAUCCAAUCCAAGAAGGUUUUCUCACAGAAAACUGAUUUGGUUCCAGUGACGCCUAAGCCUUCUUUCAUAGAAACAAAGAAACAGCUUCUGGAAAACUCUGGCCUUAUCCCCAAAUACAUCAGAAAAAAGGAUUAUGGUGAAGUACCUGCGUACUUGAAGCAGCGCACAGAAGCUGAACAAAAGGCUAGGGAGGAGUACGAGCGCUUUGUAAAGGAGCUGAACACCAGGGAACGCCUAUCAGAAGAGGAGCAUCAAGCUAUACUAAAGGGACUGAAGAAGAAGUGGGAUGAAGUCUAUCAUGAAUAUCAGCUCCUUCCCUUUGUCAUAGACACCGUGACAAAGAAAAAAGAGAGGAUCUUUCUGGAAGAGAAAAUGACACAACUGGAGAAGGAUAUCAGCGUCUUAGAAAAGUUCAAAACCAUCUACAUUUCCUCCAGCUAGCAGCUUACAUCUUCAGCCAGCUUCAGAUACUUCUUUGGAAAAUUAAAAUGUUCUAUAUUUCCUGUUAUCUCUAAAGCUGUGCUACAAAAUAAAUCAAAUUUUACAGUUUUAUUG